AUGGCGGGAACCCGAAAGAAUCCCAAGAGGACGGUCACAUCCGCAAUACUCUCCUACAGCACCACCACCCCAAAAACCACAGCGAAGAGACCUCGAUCAGUAAAACCAGAUUCCGCAGCAAAGAGACGCAAAUCCGUAAACCCCGAAUCCACACCACUUUCCGCAGCAAAGAGACGCAGAUCCGUUUAUCCCCUUUCCGCACCACUUUCCGCGCACGAAUGGUUGGCUGGUCGACGUCACAAGGAGCGAUACACGCCCAUCCUGACGUUCUUCGCACGAAACGAAUGCGAUUUGACGGAAGAAGAAAAGAAAGAAGAAAGACUACAGAGAACCAACGAGAAGAAACGUGAAAAUACACAGAGGCAAUGGCUCUAUGGGUUUACGAGUCGUGAAUUAGCUGAUAUGGAUGCGAUUAGUAGUAGGAGGCUGAAAGCCUCGACUUUGAGGGCUCCGAUACUUGAUAUAUUGCGACGCUGGGAAACCACCGAGAAUGUCUUGGAGGAGUAUGACGAAAAUGGCACAAGGGAUUCACUCUUCGGUUUUCACUUGAUGCCCUAUCAACCGGAAAAUACAUCAGGUUAUUGGGAAAUGAGGAAUCAGAUUGUUAAAAAGGCUCUCAAGCCUGCGUUACAAGUGGCGACGUAUCUGUUACCAAACAUGCAUAUGCUUCCAUGGUUCGAUACCCUAAUUUUUGGGAGACGGAAGCAGGUUGAAGAGGAACGAUGCCCUCCACUGACCGAUCCGAAAAGGCUUACUCAGAUUGUUUCUCCGUCAACAAAAAGACCCUGGGAAGAAAUCCAGAAGAAAUUAAGGACGACACUUGAUGUAUUGAGGACAAAACACGCCAUGGAAUUUGGAUUUAUGUGUACUUUCGAAAAAGCUAUUAAGCCAGAAAAAACCGCAGAGAAGAUUACGACGUGGGGCUAUAGCGUUAUGUCUGCCAAAAGGGAGAAUAGACACUCAAAAUUUAGAAGUUUUCUUGCCUACCAGGUAGUCUUACCUCUUCUUAGACCCGAUUUGACGGACGCUGAAAAAAUGAGUCUUGAGUGGUUUGCGGCAAAUAUUCUUGUCCACGAAACAAUGCAUAGCAUAUGGAACGCAUUGAAAUACGAAGAGGACGCAGAACGCGCACAAAGAGGAGAGCCAGAACCGUACAUAGGGUCAACACAACUUGCAGAAAUUGGUUAUGCGUUCGAGCACAAAGUUUUCUCGGGAAUCCCUGAACCGUUCAGAAGAUACCCCGAAGAUGGAUUUGAGGGCAUGACGCUGCCACUGGGCUUUUGGUGCCAAGCGAUUUGGCCUACCACUCGUUGGGCCGAACAAAGCGCCAAUCCCGUGCUGAAAACACCCGAGUUGCCAGAAACUCAAGAGAUGUAUCCAAUACCAGUAACUUUCUACGAGGAUAUGCAAAGUGAGGAUUUUUGGAAAGUUGGGGUUCGCGCAUUUGGGAUGGAUGUCUUGCAGGGCCGCUCAAGGGGUCAAGGAGCACUAAUAAGAUGUGAAGAUGAAGCGAAGCGAGGCCAAAAAGGAGUUCCUGAGCCAAUUAGAAUACGAGACGGAAGACCAGCUAGAAUGCAGGAAAGGCUCAAGCUUGAUUUGAAAAGUUUCGAGUGGUGUUUCAUGAGCCUUUUACGCUAUCCAGAUGUACUCGAUGAACGUCGCAAAUACAACUUGAUUGAUGUCCAGGAUGAGGCUGGAAUUGUGGGAAUGGAAAGCAAUGAGGCAGAAAAGCAGAGAGUCCUUGGCCGGUUUGACAAAACUGACGGUGAACCAAGUAUACCUUUGUUCAACGAGGGUGUCAUACGUCUCAAGAAAGCCAAGUUGGACGAAAGCGAACCAAUCGAGCAGCGAAAGCGAGAAAUAAGAUUGGUUGCAAAACACCUGGAGGAGAUCCGGCAAGGCACUCUAGAUCCGAGCCAGAACUCCUCGCCACUAGGCGUUGGUGGAAAUCGCCAAACAUGUCCCGAGUCUUGGAUAAAUCCUGUUGACUUGUGGAUAAGGAAAGCCAGCGAGAUAUAUUGGGACAUUGAUAGGUUGUACAGUUCGGACGACGAUGAAUCUAAUGAAGAAAGCGAUGAUGAGGGCCAAGAUGCGAUGGAUACCGAUCAAGAUGAAGAAGUUCCGGCUAACACAGAGUUUGACGAAGAAGCUGAGGACUCGGAUAUGCCGGAGUACGACGAAGAAGCUGGUAAUGAGACUGAGGAUUCUAUGGAUAUCGACGAAUAUUGA